GUACCUGCCCUGGAGUACAACAAGCAAGUGAAAGGAGAGAGCCUGAAUCUGCUUAAGUACAUCGACGACAAUUUCGAUGGCCCAGAAUUGCUCCCUCAUGAUUCUGCAAAGAAGAAGUUUGCUGAGGAACUCCUUGCGUACAGUGACAGUUUCAAUGCCAGCGCUUUCUUCUCAUGCCUACGCUCCAAGGGAGAUGUGACCGACGAAGUUGUUGCCGCUGUUGAUAAAAUAGAAGCUGCCCUAGGGAAGUUCAGCGAUGGCCCAUUCUUCCUUGACCAGUUCAGUCUGGUUGACAUUGCAUAUGUGCCAUUCAUCGAAAGGCUUCAGAUAUCCUAUUCUGGCAUCAAGAACUAUGAUAUCGUUGGGGGCAGACCUAACCUUGGCAGAUUCAUCGAG